AUUUAAGUUAUACAUAUCGAUAACAUAAAUUUUUUUAUGUCAUUAGUACAGUAGUAUACUUUAAUUAACAUGUAAGAGAAGGUUAAUUAGUCACUGUCCCUGCUUGUAAUAAUCUCAUAAAUGACCUAGUUAUAAUUUUGUGGUGCAUAUAUGUAUGUGAGAUAAGAUAAGAUCAUUGCAUUCUAUAAUUAUGACCUCAUGAUUUUUAUCUUUUUGUUGUGUUUCUGAAUAACUAGAUUGUGUUUAUUCAGUUAUAAUUGGUGGUUGACCAAAAAUAUUCAAAUUCAGUUAUUUUAGUUUCUUACUCUGAUGGCUUUUAAGUUAAUGUCUAUCGAAAACAAACUCUCGAUCUCCUUGAAGUAACGAUAAGAUCCCAAUGCCCCCAUGUACUUUAAUGGUGUCUAUCAUCUAUUCUACCAAUACAAUCCAUAUGGAUCAGUAUGGGGUAAUAUUGUUUGGGCCCAUUCAGUUUCAACGGACUUGAUUAAUUGGAUCCCACUUGAACCCGCAAUCUAUCCAUCCAAAGUAUUUGACAAAUAUGGUACAUGGUCCGGGUCAGCCACAAUCUUACCCAACAACAAGCCCAUUAUCCUCUACACAGGAAUCGUAGAUGCAAAAAAUACCCAAGUCCAAAACUAUGCAAUCCCAGCGGACUUAUCCGACCCAUUUCUUCGUAAAUGGAUCAAGCCCGAUAACAAUCCAUUAAUUGACGCUGACGUUAACAUUAACAAGACCCAAUUCCGUGACCCAACCACAUGUUGGUUGGGUCAGGAUGGUUAUUGGAGAACCUUGAUAGGAAGUUUAUGGGGAAAUAAAGGGAUGGCAAUAUUGUAUAAAAGUAGAGAUUUAAUGAAAUGGACUAAGGUCCAACAACCACUACAUUCAGUUGAUGGUACUGGAAAUUGGGAAUGUCCUGAUUUUUUUCCAGUGUUAUUGCGUGGUACAAAUGGAUUGGAUGCAUCGUACAAAGGGAAAAAUAUUAAAUAUGUCCUUAAAGUUAGCCUUGAUGUUACGAGGUUUGAAUAUUAUACCGUUGGUAUAUAUGAUACGAAAAAAGAUAUGUAUAUUCCAGAUAAGACUUCUAUCGAUGGUUGGAAGGGAUUGAGACUUGAUUAUGGUAAUUAUUACGCAUCCAAAUCAUUUUAUGACCCUAGCAAGAAUCGAAGAAUUGUGUGGGGUUGGGCUAACGAAUCAGAUACUGUCAAUGACGAUGUUAAGAAAGGAUGGGCGGGAAUACAAACUAUUCCUCGUAAAGUAUGGCUUGAUUCGAGCGGAAAACAAUUGGUUCAAUGGCCUGUCGAAGAAUUAGAAAGUCUAAGAGGGCAUAAGAUCCAAUUAAGCAAUCGUAAGUUAAACAAAGGAGAUAAAAUUGAAGUUAAAGGAAUCACACCAGCACAGGCCGAUGUUGAAGUGAUAUUCUCAUUUUCAAGCUUGGAUAAGGCAGAGCCAUUUGAUCCCAAUUGGGCUAACCUUUAUGCUCAAGAUGUAUGUGCUAUUAAAGGCUCAACGGUGCAAGGUGGACUUGGGCCAUUUGGGCUCUUAACUUUGGCUUCUCAAAAUUUGGAAGAAUAUACGCCGGUAUUUUUCAGAGUUUUUAAUGCUCAAGAUAAAUAUAAGGUUCUCAUGUGCUCUGAUGCCUCAAGAUCAACCCUCGAGAAUGCUAAGACAAUGUACAAGCCAUCAUUUGCUGGAUAUGUAGAUGUAGAUUUAACAAAUAAGACAUUGUCUUUGAGGAGUUUGAUUGAUCACUCAGUAGUAGAAAGUUUUGGUGCCGGAGGAAAAACAUGUAUCACAUCAAGGGUGUAUCCGACAUUAGCAAUUUAUGACAAUGCACAUCUAUUUGUCUUUAAUAAUGGGACAGAGACUAUCAAAAUUGAGUCAUUGAAUGCAUGGAGCAUGGGUAAACCUAAAAUGAACUGGUCAUUUGGUCACUCUUCUUAUUAAGGAUAACACUUUGUAUUAAGUUUUAAAUUUUGUGGUGACAUAUUUGAUUGCUCAAACGUUUUGAUUUUUGUUUUGGUGAAUUUUGUUCGAUAUAUUCAACAUGGUAUUUGAGCAGACAUCUGUUUUCUUUUCGUAUCAAAUAUGACUAAUAUGUUCAAUA